AUGCCAUUACAAGAAGCAAACUCUUCUCGUCAUAAUAUUAAUGAUUUUGCACGUGAAAAAUUUUCUGAACUUGCUAAAAAGUAUAUUGAUGCAUUAAAUUCUAAAAUUCAUAAUACAGCUGUUAUCACGCGUGAUCAAAGCGAAAAAAUAAUCAAUGUACUUCAGAGCAAGUUAUCUGCUGAAAAGGUUUCCGGACGUUUUUCUCACUGGUGUAAACAAACAUUCACGCUUUGUUUCAUCGGUAGUCAUCAACUUUUAUGUGAUUUUAAAGAAGUUAAACCUAUUUUUGUAUAUCAGGAUAUGUAUGAUAUCUAUCAGGCAAGCCAUCAUCAGACUGCUCAUGGUGGUCGAGACAAAUGUCUCGAAUAUAUUGCAGCAAAUUACAGCUGGACAAAUCGCUCAUUAUUACAAAUAUUCAUCGCACAAUGCUCAGCAUGUCAAACUCGAAAAACAGUUUAUCUAUAUUAUAUCAACAUUAUUAAAUUUUUUCCAAAUUUCCAAAACCCUUGCUCGAAUCAGUUAUAA